UUCGGUCUUCGCAGUUUGCUCCGCACUUGAAUCUUUCUCUGUUUACCCCCCCUUUUGAAGUGGAACAUGGUCACAUGGAUUGUUUUAAAAAGCCGAAGCAAUUCAGCAAUUCAGCAGUAAGCCGCAUAAGAGAUCACCUCAGCGGCUCAGCUGGUGUAACAAGUGUGAGACUCACUCUAAAGGGAAGAGAGACAGAGGGCAGGCAAAGAAGACUCUCACAAUCACAAGGGACGAAGAAGCUUGCUCGCAAGGCACCAGGGAGGAAGAAGACAACCACGCACUAUUGCUAUUGCUUGUGCUUUCCCGGUGUGUGUGACUGUGCGCGCGGCUAGAAGCAGACAAGCAGCUGCGGGAGCAAAAGGGCCAUGGCUUCUCGCAGUAGCUUCUACUUUGUUCCCUUGCUCCUCCUGCUGAUGCUCUUGCUCGCGUCUCCUACUUCCACUGCUGCAUUGGCAUCUUCCAAGCUUGGCAGUGGCGAUGCUGGCAAUGCCACUGCAGCUGCUACAAGGCUGAGGCCGGGGAAGGAGCUGCUCAAGUACAAGAGGAUCAGGGCUCUACUCAGGAAGCUCAACAAGCCGUCUCUCAAAACCAUCAAGAGCCCGGAUGGUGACAUCAUAGACUGUGUCCCCUCUCACCUCCAGCCUGCAUUUGACCAUCCAAAGCUCAAAGGCCAAAAGAUCCUGGAUCCACCUGAGAGGCCCAAGAACUACAACUUCACCAUUGUCGGCAGCGGCAGCAGCAGAGUCGGCGCGGUGGUGGUGCAGGCGUGGCAUGCCACCGGAGAGGCGUGCCCAGAAGGCACGGUGCCGAUUCGGCGGAAGACGGAGAAGGAUCUGCUCAGGGCAAGCUCCCUCAGGAGGUACGGCAGAAAGCCGGUGCACCGGGGUGUUCGCCGUGAUUCCACAAACAAUGGCCAUGAGCAUGCAGUUGGGUAUGUGAACUCUGAGCAGUACUAUGGGGCCAAGGCCAGUGUUAAUGUGUGGUCACCAAGGAUAGGAGACCCAUCAGAGUUCAGCCUGUCACAGAUCUGGGUCAUAUCUGGCUCCUUCGGCAAUGAUCUCAACACCAUCGAAGCUGGAUGGCAGGUAAGCCCUGAGCUAUAUGGAGACAGUAACCCAAGAUUCUUCACCUACUGGACAACCGACGCGUAUCAAGAAACGGGGUGCUACAAUCACAACUGCCGCGGAUUCGUGCAGACGACGAGUAAGAUUGCAAUUGGGGCGGCUAUCACACCGGAAUCAGUGUACAACGGCAGGCAAUUUGACAUUACUCUGAUGCUAUGGAAGGAUCCGAAGCACGGGCACUGGUGGCUGGAGCUGGGCUCGGGCGUGGUCGUCGGGUACUGGCCGUCCUACCUCUUCACCCACCUGGCGCGCCACGCCAACAUGGUGCAGUUCGGCGGCGAGGUCGUCAACACCCGGCCGUCGGGGUCGCAUACGGCGACGCAGAUGGGCAGCGGCCACUUCCCAAGCGAGGGCUUCGACCGCGCCGCCUACUUCCGGAACCUGCAGGUGGUGGACUGGGACAACAACCUCAUCCCCGCGGCAAGCCUGAAGCUCCUCGCCGACAACCCCGGCUGCUACGACAUCCAGGGAGGGUCCAACAGCUACUGGGGGAGCUACUUCUACUACGGAGGCCCAGGCAGGAACGUGAAAUGUCCCUGAGAUAAACUGGGAUCUUGUUUUCGUUUUCCUUUUUUUUUUUUGCUUUGCUUUGCUUUGCUUGUUUCAUGUUCUUUUCUGUUGGGUCUUUUCCUGAUAGCUAGUAUUUGUUUAGCCCUUUCUAGGAUUUUGUAGGUCUUAGAUCUUUAACUCAAGAAUGUAACAAAACAGUAGAGACUCGAGAGCAAUUUGUAAAUUUAAGAAGUACCUGCCGAUUAAUGCAUUCAAUUUACAGAAUACACACUUCGUUC